AUGGACGCUGAACUAAUCAGGUGGACAGGUACUGAUUGCACUUGUGCACAUUGUCGGAGUGCCCUCCUCCUCCUGGAGCUUCACGGUCAUGCCUCAGCUGGGAAAGACUGCGAGGGAGUCUUUUGGAAGCUGAAGGAAAUGCUGGAAGGUGAGAAGAGUAAGUAUUCCUACAAGAAGUGCUGUGAAGUGCAUAAGACCUGGGGUUCGAUGACCUGGAAAGAAAGAAAGGCAGAGUGCGCUAAACUCGUCACAAGUUUUGAAAUGGAACUUGGAGGAAUUGUAUCGAGUGCAUGUAAAUUGUUAUGGCAAACCAUGAGCUGUAUUUACUACUGGACGUGGGGGAGCACCAACAACUUUCUGUACAAAUGUCGUGACGCCCAAUCCACUAGCUUGACCAACGAAGUAUUAAUCUACUUGAUUGAUGCCAGCAUUGGCAUAAAUUCCGCCUAUCCCCUUGUUCUGCACCCAGAGAGGAAAGUGAAACUGAUCCUCUCCUUUGACUUCAGCUCUGGGGAUCCUUUUGAGACCAUCAAGAAAACUACAAAGUAUUGUGAAAAUAACAUUCCAUUUCCCAAGAUAGAUCCAGAAGAGAUUAAAGACAUAGAUAACCCCACUGACUGCUACAUCUUCAAAGGAAAGGACGUCCCCACUGUCAUGCACUUCCUGCUCUUCAACAUCAUAAAUUGUCCAGGUGAAAUAGAGUCCUUCAGAGACAGGUUUUCCACCUUUCAUUCAUCCUACCUAAAGGAAGAUAUCAAAGAACUCCUCAGUAGAGCGAAGUUGAAUGUAUCCAACAACACGGAGAGGAUUCGGGAGGAGAUCCAGCAGAUUGUGUCCUCCUCCACCAAGGAGUUUUAA